GUUCUAGUCUAAUGGAUCGGUGCACGGAUUGCUUCGACAUCCCGUGGACCUAGAGGAAGCGGAGCCCUGGCCCCAGAGAGAGAGAGAAAGGUGGGUCGAGUCGUCGAACCACAAUGAAAAGGUCUCAACAUAAGGCCUUAACGAAUAUUGAAUUUCAAUCUCAUGACUGCUCUGUUCAUUUGAGAUGGUAAAUAACGAGAUGUCGGAGGAAUUGGAGGCUGGGGAAGGGAGCGUCGGGGAGGAGAGUUCAUCGAAUGUGCUUCAGUCGGCGGCCGAUCUGAAGGCGCCAUCGCCCGUGCUGGCCAAAGAGACGAUGGCGGAAAGUCAGCCCUUAAACGAGGAUGAAGACGCCGAGAGCGUUAGACUGAGUCCGACUAGUCUAUUCUGUAGUCUGCCUUUGAACAGGGACGUGCAAAGUAUCAUCGAUACCUUUCCAAAGACUGAAGCCGAAAGGGCAGCCGCCGGCGGCAAGAAGACACGGAAGAUUCCUUGCCUCUAUUGUGACCGCACUUUCGUGGCCGACAAUCUUCGCCAGAAGCACAUCGAGAGGUGCCACUCCAUUAAGCAGGCCAGGAGGUCGAGCUCGAGGAUCCAGCAGACGUCCACCACCUCGACAUCAUGCCUGUUCUGUCACAAACUUGUGUCGACCGAUCAGGAGUUGGAGGACCUUUUCGAUCAUUUGGCCACGGAACAUGCGGAUAAAUACUUCGGGUGCUUGCGGUGCAAGGAGCGCUUCACUCAGCUGACGCACCUCGAGGAACACAACGAGGAAGCACACGGCAUUAAACGCGAAAUCAAAGUGCAAUCGUUCGAAGAACCAAGUGACCUGACAGUGAGUACUGGUAGUGCAAUUAUCGAUAGUGUAAUAAAGACGAGACACAAAAGCAAAAUUAAAUUGGAGCCAGAAGCAUCGGAUAACAAGCAGAUCGUGAAGAAACUUUCACCAUCACCAUCAUCUUCAUCGUCAUCAACAUCUAAAGUUGCGCUAAGUCAAAAGGACUUGCGCGGCAAGCGGAUCGCACUGAAGAGUACAAAAUUAGGAAUUAAGCGAAGCACCCGUCUACAGAACAAAGUGAUCCCAGCGAAGCCGAAGAAGAAACCCAAGGAAAAGCCAGCCGAGGAGCCGAAACCAGAACCCAAGGUACCACCGAAUGAGAAUCCAUAUCCCACGUUCGACGCAUUCUUCAGAGUCAAGAAGAUCACCGACCACUCAAUUGACAACUUGCGUAUUACCUCUUUAACGUUUAACGACGUAUUUGAUCAGGCUUUCUUCACUAGGAUCAAAUGUAACAUCCGCGAAAAUCUUCUCAACCACAUUGAUGGAAAACUGUUUAAUAAUGAAGAAUCCGAAAGUCGCAUUUCAAACUUCGAGAAAACUCAACCGGAACAACAGGCGACCGAAAAUUUUGGUUGCGAGAUAUCUUUAAAUGCCGCUACUCCUGCACCCAGUCUUCUUACAACUCAGUUCGGAGAAGAUCCCGAGUCUCAGAUAGAAUACGGCUCUAAAGCCUCCAAGAAGAAAACCACACCGAAAAAGGAUGAGGUUCAUUACAAAUACUUCACGCGCAGAAAAUAUCAGGCCAGCAUUUUGGAAAGCAAAGAGAACAGGGACUUGUCGAAGCUGGACAUGUGGACGCAAUAUGUGAUAAAAAACAGGCAACAGCAAAUCAUAGAAAAGACGAAAAGUGACAAAGAAAAGCAAGAGUACAAGAAAGGCGACGAAUUUAAAGCCAAGUUUCAGAACGACGAGUUGAACAAGAUCUUGGAUCGACGUGGACCGUUCGAGGAUCUCAAAGAAGAGGUGAGCAAGAAAGCGGCGCUCGAGGGAAAUUUCAAUCCGGAAGCACAGUCCGAUGUUAGCUGCAUCUUGGAGGAAAUACUCGGUGACGUAUUUGGAAAUCCGGCUGAAGACGUUGAAAUUAAGACGGAACUGACGGACGCGGAAAUCCCGAGCUAUCUCAAUUUACGGAAGGCCACCAAUGAAAGUUUCAUCGAUAGAAGUGAUAAGAUUACAUUGAUCUGCUCGUCGCAGGAAACGGAAAACUUCGAGGCGCCAGAAAUAGCGCCCCGCGACAAGAACUCUCUCGUCGAGUUAACAGGAGAGUGGGCUAGGUCCAGGCUUUACAUAUGCGCCGCUUGUGGUCUCAAAUGCGAAACCAUCCGUUUGCUGCUGGACCACAAGAACUGCAUCCAUUCCAACGUGUGGUGUCAGCACUACGAGUUCGUCGGCAACCAGGGCAAGUUUUACAAGCACCUCAGCAUACCAGGUCUCGGAAAAAUGGAUUAUUUGGAGGCUAACUCCACCUACAAAGUGUGGAAGCGGAGCGAAGCCCGAACAUGCACCAAAUGUAACAAACAGUGUAACAGCUUGGGCGAAUUGCAUCGGCACAUUCUGGAAUGUGGCGAGGACUGGAGCUGGAUGCUGGUGCGGAAAAAAUGCAAAUAUCGACCGUUCGGCGCGAAAACUAGAAAAAAACGGAGAGGGCUAUUCAAGAGGAUCAUUAAUAAAGAAAAAGUCACAUCCGACGUGAAUCGUGAAAAGAAACCGUGCAAGAAAAUAGAAGGGCCCAGAGUCAAACCGAGCGACGCCGAGACUAUUCAAAGGAUGUUGGCGAAUUUACCGGCAAAGAGGGCCACACGGAAGAUAAUGAGCUUGAAGGACGGAUUUCCCAAAGCGAAGAAGACAACAAAACCUGAUAAAGAAGCAUCUCUGGCACACAAGACUUUGUCAGCUAGAACCGACUUGCUAGUUCAGGAAAGUGAGAAAAUAAUGAAACGGAAGUUAGUAGUGAAAGCGAAGACGGGAAUGAAGUGCAAUCCCGUUGGCAAUCGGAGGAAGUCAAUGAGGAAUCUGAAUAAAGUGAUUUCAAGCAAGGUUAUGGACAAUAGUGGUGCAUUAAUGGUGAAGAGGAAGUUGAAAAACGCCAUGCAGCAACGGAAAUCUAGGCGGGCCGCGUUAAGUUCGUCGUCGCAGGAUCAAGUUGUCGAUGAAACUGAGCAGAGUACAAAUAGUGUAGUUAAAACAUUAAAGCGUAGUGUAAUCAAAGAGAAAUUUGAUUUCUCUGAACCUGCAGAACCGACGUCACCGGUUAAAAAGAAGGUCUGCACGAAAAAUAAAAUCAAAGAUACUCUAAUUCGAACGUUAAGUUUGCGUAAAAAGAAGGAUGACGUUGAAGCUGGAAAACCGAAGGAGGAAGCAACAACCACGACGAAGAGAAAAUCUAAAUUUGAAGCGCUGAAAAAUGUUGUCAAGAAAAUGAAGUUCACAAAGAAGUCUUCGAAGCCGCCGAUCAUAGAUAAUCAUUUUUUAGAAGUAGAAAGCGAUGUGGUUGCGCCUGACAAUGAAGUUGCUGAAAAUGAUGAUAAAAGUGAUAAAAGCUCCGAUGUCCAUGCUCCGCCGACAUUUCCAGACCCAGAAGAACCCAAACCAUCAGAGUCGAAGUUAUUUCAUGGUGAGAAUAGACCUGAAGUAAAAGUUGAGCCGAUUGAAAUAAUAACCAAGCCGCCGAAACAGAAACCUUGCAAGAGACCAAAGGGCUUGAACGCUUGCAUUGCAAUGCUGACAAGUAAACUUCAAAAAGACGAAUGGAAAACGAAAGAUGAUGACAGCAGUACUCCAAAAUUAUCGGAGGAAGAGAUAGCGAAACCGAAAGUGGAACAACCAUCAUUGGAAAAGGUGCCAUCUAUUGCUGAUGAAGUUCUCAAGAAUGUAGAGCCUAGUGAAUUGGAGCAAGCCAAAUUAGAGAAUAUUCAACCAAUCAAAGUAAUAGAAGAAAGUUUCAUUGCUACUCCAACUGAAGAGCAUCAAAUCAAACAAGACACUAUUCUUAAAUCUCAGGAGAUCUCUUUGGAUAAUGUCGUCGACAUAAUAAAAUGUAUGAAAAAUUUGAAAGAACCUGAAAUUACCAAGCAAUCGCAGAAAAUCGGAUCUAUGAGGCGGAGGCAACCUAAGCAAAAAGCAGUUGAGCCAAUAAAAGAUAAAUUGAAUGAUGCCAUACUAAUUGAAGAUAAUCCAAUUGAACCAACGAACGAACCUGUGCGAAAAAUUGGACAAAUUCGCGAAGUUCCCAAAAGAAGAACUAGCAUCCAGGAAGUCAAAAAUAAAGAUUUGAGUGUAAUCAGGGAAGAACCGGAAGGACAUUUGAAUUCGUUCGAAGAAGAUAUUGAAUUGGAAACGAAGGAACUUCCUAAAUUGUUUGAAACCAUGUUCAGUCUAGGACCGAAACAACCGUUCGAAGUUAAAAAGAUACCUAAACCAUUCGAAGUUAAAAUGGUUCACUGCGAAUACAAAAAACCGAAGAAUUUCAUACUGGAAGUUCCAAAACGAAAUUCUUCGUGGUUCAGUUUUGCAAAUCCCACAGAACGUCCAGAGACAAACAACGUUGAGACAUUUAGUUCCAAUUCGAAGGUUAGCGAAUUAAAAUCGUUCUUCGAGGCUAAAAGUGCGCCAAUGGUUGAGCUAAAGAUACCCACUGUACGAAGACAAUUUGAAACAGCUAAGCAGCCUGUCAAUUGGUUGUUAGAUAAUAACCAGGCAAGCAGUUGGAGUAGAAUUAAUUUCGACAUCAAGAAGAGCUUAACAGUUGCCGACGUACUGCCUUUACCAGUUGCUAAUGUCAUACCUCUACCAGUUACUGAAGUAAUGCCACUACCAGUUGCUAAUAUAAUACCUUUACCAGUUGCAAAAAUUAUACCUCUACCAAUUGCUGAAGUGAUUCCACUUCCAGUUGCUGAAGUAACGCCUCUACCAGUUGCUGAUGCAAUUCCACUGCCAGUUGCUAAUGUAGUAACACUGCCAGUUCUUGAAAAUAAUCGGUUACUUGAAACUCAUUUCGAUGAUAUCUCAGAACCUCCAAGCGUGAAGUCUAUAGAUGAAAAUAUUGAAUCAAUAUCGGAUGAUGUAUCUGAUUCCGAAAAUUCGGUUAUUAUAAUUGAUGCACUAAAUAAUUUGGAAAAUAAUAUUACAGAAAAUUCAGAAUGUAUGAUUAUGGAGAAUAAGAGUAUAUAUGAAAAUUUUGAGAAUAUUAUAAAGAAGAUUAUACCGGAAAGUUCAGUGAUGCAAUCUUCAUGUGAUAUUUCAAAGAAUUUGAACCAGAAGCACACACCAACAAGUUCAGAAAGUAAGAUAAUUAAUAGUUCGUUUGAAAAUUCUGAGAGCGUGGCAUUAAAUAAAAUAUCGGAAAUUUCGCAAUGUUUCAUCAUGAAGCAGGUACCAGAAUAUUCAGAAACAAUACCAAUAAAGAAUAUAUCAGAAAAUUUAGAGUUACAAAUUGACAAUAAAAAUCUGGAAGAUUUUGAAGAGGAUAAUCCAAUAAUCUCGGAAACUAUAAUUGCUAGGAAUGUAUCAGAAAUUACGGAGCCAACGAUAGAGAAUAAUUUAUCAGAAAUUGCAAUAACGAACCAACCUGAAUUGAUCGAAAAUAAAAUUGAAUUUGAGCUGGUCAAAUCUGAUACAGAUUCAGAGGAUGAGUUGCCUUUAUCUGUGUUAGCUAAAGUAUCAAAGACUGAGAAGAAAAAUGAGUUUGUUCCAGAAGUAUCUAAAGAUAAAUCUAUGUAUGAGGCUAUCUCCGUAUAUGAUUUCGAUGAAGCACAGGAUGAAACCAGAGAUGUAAUUAAUCACAUAGUUAGUGAUAAUUCAAAAGAAAAUAUUGAGGAUGAGCAGAGUCCAAAGCGAAAUAAAAAGAAAACUAAGAAGGAUACUGCAGAAUUGACACCAGUUGAAAACUUCCUAACACCAUUGAAGGAGAACAAAAAUAUGGAAGUGAACAGUGAUUCCUAUCUUCAAACUCCCGAUUUAGAUGAUUCAGUGAUAUUGAAUAAGUUGUCGAAUAAAAUGAAGAUGAAGCGCGGCAAAAAAGCGAAGGUCGUGAAAAAAUUGGAAAACGAACCGGCAGAAAGUAGUUACUGUGAUAUUUGUAAUAAGAAGUUUGUGAGGGCAGACGGAUUGAAUAAGCAUAAAAGGACAUUAACGCAUAUCGCUAAAUUGUCAGAGAUAGAAGCAAGAGAAGCUGCGGAGAAGGCGAUGCUAAAAGAAUUGGAACAAAUAGAACAUGUCGAGCCGGAAAAAGAUGAAGUUCAAGAACAGCCGAUCGAAGAAUUGCCGACGGAAAUCGAAGAAAUUCCAAAUGAUAUGUACGAAAAUUUAAGCGAAGCUGAAGAACCUGAGCCUGAGAUGGAAGAAAAAUUAAUCGAAGUUGAGAUGGAGAAGGUACGGAUAGAAGGCGCGUUAAUAUCAACUCCAUUCCCAUUGAAUGCGACCACAAAUGACACUUUGCACUUGGCCAACAUUAUCAACGACGUUUUAAGUAGUCCUGAACCGACACCGGAACUUCCCAAGCGUUGUAAGAGCUUAGGAGAACGCAAGAGUUUCGAUUCCGACUCGAUAUAUAAUCAACCUAGUUUUACGAAGAUUCCCAAUAACUUGGAGCAUCAUCUUUCCAUACUGGAGAACAUUAUUGAAGAGAAUCAGGCUAGUUUCCAGUACAUUGAUGAAAUAUCUGUCUCCUCGAACAAAUCCGAGCAACGUUGUCCUUCCGAUAUGAGUCUGGUCAGUGACAUCAAACCGGACGAUUCCAAUAUUAUUACAUUUACCCACAACACCAACAUCGUGACUAGUUUAAUGCAUACCGAUGGUAAUUUUGUAAAACCGACGCAGUACGAAGAAAUCAGUGAGGACACGCGGACUUUCGAGGAACAGAGGGCAAGGAAAGCAUUGAAUCGUGAUGAGGAGCUAUUUUUGGAGUGCUGCAGUUUGCUGAAGAGUAGUUCGGAAGUCAGCAAUUUCAGCAAGAAAUCUUCGCACGCAAUCUCUUUGGUAAACACUUACAAACCGGACGACGAGUGGCUAGAACCAAAGCAGCAACAGAGUUAUCCUAAAGAUGAUUUUUUAUCAGAAGAUUCUUGCCCAAACACACCCAUCGGCGAGAAUUACGAUGAUUUCUCGAACUCGAAUACAAUUAAAACCGACUGGAAUACAAAGCUGAAAGAACAAGAGUUUGAAGAUAUCUCCAUGGACUCGAUUUCUAAUAGAUCUAACAGCAAUUUCGUCUCCAAUGGUUUCAAUAAUUGUUUUGACGAUGAUAAAAAUAAUGACUUCAGUAGGGAAAGCAAAGAGUUUGACGAUACUAAUACGAGUUCUGAAUUCAAGAGGAACAUUGACGCCAAAUUCAAUGGUCUCAUAGUCGAAGCAAUGAAAAACGAGCAAUUGGUUAAAGAACUGAACAGGAAACCCGAAGUGACACAGACGUCGAUAAUUGACUACGUGAUACCUUUAUCUAAGAGGAUCGAUAGUAAUGAUUCGUUGACUAAUGAUAGCAAGAAGAUGUUAACGAAGGGCGCGAUGAAGGUUUUCGAAGGGUUGAAAGUGUCCAUUCCCACCGAAGACUUGGAUAUGAACGAGGUGCUGAAUUGCAGUCCGAAAUCGAAGCGGUUGGAAAUAGAAAGUAGCGAGAUCAUGAAGGAAGAUAAAUCGAAGCCGAAGAAUAACAUGAAAAAGUUCGGAAAUAAGCUCGGGUUAAAGGUGACGAAGAAACGGUCGAGUAAAGUUAAGAAAAGCCAAGAGGAGAAGGAGGAGAACAAAGUGCAUGACAUAUAUGAUUUCGAAGAGACUCAAGAUAACACGGAUUUGUUCGUUCCCAACAAUUUGACUACGUUCAGAAAGCAAAACAUCGACAUUAAAGAUCCAGAAGUUAUCGACAAGGAUUUGGUGGAUACGGAUACUGAGAGCAAUAACCAUUUCAUCGAUUCCUUCAGUUACGAGGCGCCAUCGGUGUCUUCGUUUUCAACAGAAACUGAAUCCAGUGCUUCCAUAAACAAAGGAAACGGUGUACAGAACAUUACUAAGAAGAAGUGCGUGAUCAUGGGUAGGAUAUUUAAGAAUGCGUUUAAGCCGAAACCUGACGAAAUCAAGGAUUUGGAGGAUACCAAUGAUAAUUAUGUGAUAAGUUGUCCCGAAUUGGAGGUGCCGGUGCCUAAGGUUACGCCGAAGCGUUUAACCGAAGCGGAAAUGGAUUUGCUCUUCGAUAAGUUGCUGGAGGAUAACUUGGAUGGUAAACAAGAGCCCAAAGUGAAAACGAGCUGCAAGAACAGUGUCGCUGCUAGUUGUACAAAGAAGAAGCGAUCGCGAAAAUUAAGCGAAUCCAGCGAUGACGAUUUUAAUUUGGGCAAGAACCCGAAGAAGCGCGCCGCUCGGAAAAGGACGAAAGAUGAUGGUAUCAACUUGGAGCAGGAACUGAAGGAGUGCAUGGGUGUGGCUGGAAGAAAGAGCCAGAGAAAAUGCACGAGCGGAAAGCAAAAUGUAUUGAUGGAGGUGUGGAGCUCGGAUGAUUCGGAUUUCGAGUUGAAGAUGAAGCGAUCUUUGGAACAAUCUGCAGCUGAAGUUAAAGUGAUCAAAGAACCGCCCCCUAAACAAGUGGAACACCAACAACAACCGCCAAUACAUCCGGAAGUGAUCCAGGAUAUAAUCAAAGACGCCAACGAUGCCAUCAAGAAGCGUAAAAAGAAGUCCAGCAGCGCAAGGACGAAAAGUAUGUCCGCUGCUGGCAGUGCAGAGUCCACUCUGGCUUCCAACAGGAGAAAGAGGUCAGCAGCGGAGACACUGUAUUAUUGGUCUUCGUCGAGCGACGAUGAAUCUCAGAAUAUGAUCGAAGUGAAAUCGUUGCGAGACGAGGACGACGACGACAGACCCAUGCAGCACGGUUGGAUCGUCGGAGAUUCCCCUAAGAAAUUGGUGACGAUGCUGGCGCAGGCCAAAGGGAAGAAGCUCGAUUCCGCCAAGUGUGUUAAGGAACAAAACAAGAAGAGGACUACGAUUUAAGUUUUAAGGUGUAAAUAAGAAGCGGCGUGUAAAUAUCUAGUGUACAUAGUUUGCAUUUAAUAAUAUAUAAAUAUGGAUAACGAUAAAUGAACAAAAAAAAAACGGUAAAACAAAAUGAUAAAAAAUAUAUUUUAUACAUAGUAGCUUCGAAGGAAAAUGAUAAAAGAAUUAGUACAAUUUUAGAAUGUAUACAAAUUAAUUGCUGAGACCCUUUUAAUGUACGAAUGAAGAAAGAAACAAACAUUAAUUAUGUAUAGCAGAUUUAAGGAUUUUACGUUUCGUUGGUUUUCGUAUUCGUACGCGAACGCAUUAGAGUUUUUGUUUAUUAUUAUUAUUAUUAUCAUGAUUAUAAUACAUUCGUUUAUUUUUUGGGGCCUAAACGAAAUAUGAAUGAGAUCGAGCGUGAGGAAAUGCCAUGUAUCGUCUAAUUAUUUGUGAUUAUUCUUUCUUUGCAUCAUUUGUGAUUUUUGUUUAUUAUUAAUUUUCAAGA